ACUCUCUCUUCCUUCUCAUUUCUAAACCCACUUGCUUUCUUAUUUUUUCUCUGAACCCUUUUUCUUCCAUUUUUCUUUCUUUGUGCCCAUCACUUCCCUAACCCUAAGUCAUUCACAUUCACAUUCACAUUCACAUUCACAAUUUAGUAAUCGGUAGCAUCAGUUCCUUACUCUCGUUUGUUUCCCUCAAAUCCCAGUCUUUUCCAUCGCUUCAAUUUCCGCACAGGUUCCUGCCAUAGAUUUAGCCCCCAAAACUUUAGAUGGAAGGUUCUGAUAAUUCUGAUUUAGAUUUUAACCAAAAGGGUGUGGAGGCGACACCGUAUUAUACACCACAUCAGAAACCAAGUUUACCAGAGUCUGGCCCUGAACCUGUCAAUAUCGACUUCUCGUCUCCAGACUCAGGUAUUGAUAGCUUUGGGGCUUCUAUGAAGGAGGAGCCUGGAUCAUCUUCCUCGACAUCCUCAGAUUCGGAGACAGAAUCUUUUAGUCUAUCUGGAACUGACAUCCAUGACACACCUGCGAAUACUGAUGAAAAAGGGCUGCCUAAAGGUAUUAAGAUGCAAGAAUUUCCUGAUACUGAUGCAGAGCAACACAGUCAUAAACUUGGGGAGGAUAAAACAGAUAGCAUUCUGAUGGGACAGAAUAGAAAUUAUGAAGAGUUGCUCAGCAAAUUCAAUAAAACUGAGGAAGAGCUUAAAGUUUCCAACUUAAAACUUUCACUCUCAGAACAGGAGAUUCUCCAGUUGAAAGAUGAGCUUGACAGUGUGCGGAAAGAAUUAAAAGUGAAAGUGAAUGAUCUUGAAUGUGAAAAUGGACAGGUACUGGAGUUGCAAAAGCAAACAGCCGAAUUGGAAACUCAUGUUCCAGAUUGUUGCAACAAGAUUGCAAAUUUGGUGGAACAGCUGGAGGCAGCAAAAGAACAGCUUAAGACGUCAAAUGAUGAACUUGUAAGGUUAAGAGAGGAACUCCAGAGUAGGUCAUCUGACACGCAUGAGUUGCAGGCACAGCUUGAAGUGGCAAAGGAAAACACAGCCACAUUAGAAUGCCAGCUUGGUUCUAGGAGAAAGCAGAUUCUGCAGCUUGAGGGCAGAAUUUCAUGUUACAAAGCUAACGAAACAAAGCAUGCACGUGCGAUGCAAAAAUUGAAGGAUGAAAUGCUUACUUCCAAGGCACAAAUCACUUGGGAGAGAGAUCAGAUGCAAGCUAAUAUUCACAGUUUGUCAGCGAUUCAAAAAGAGAUGGGAUCUACACUCCGGGAGUGCGAAGCUAGAGGCGAUCUUUUGCAAAAGCAGUUGAUACAAUUUGAAACCGAAAAAUUGAAAGAAGAAGAGCAGCAUGCUACCAAAAAGAUGGCUUUGCAGGGUGAAAUCAGUUGUUUGAAGGAAGAGCUUGGUCAGAGAAGGCAUGAUGUAGAAGCUGUUAAUAUGGAAUUCGACAAGCAUAAGCAAAAGUAUGACAUGCUCACAACUGAAAGAGAUGAAGCCAAUGCCAAGAUCGACAAACUUAUGGCUGAGCUAAGCUUCCGGGACAAUCAAAUUACAGAAGUGGACAGAGAGUUAUCCCAGCUACGUGCACAAAACGCAGAGUUGAUUUCAGUAUCGGAAACAAGAAAGAACCUAAUUGAUGAGUUGAAAAUGAAUGUGGAAGAGCUUGAAAAAGAGGUGACUAUGCAGAAGGUUGUGAUCUCAGAUAGAGAUGAAGAGAAGAGGGAGGCAAUCCGGCAGCUAUGCAUUUCACUUGAGCACUAUAGGAAUGGAUACAAAGAGCUUCUUCAAGCCUUUAUAGGGUUCAGGCGUCAUCAUGCUGUUAUAGCUUCCUAAGUAAGAUGUGUCUCGUCUAUUUAGUUUGGUGUUGUAGAUCUUUUGGUAUUAUCAAUUUUGCGUUUCUCUGUUAUCAACAAAAUAUGAACAUUAUAUAGUACGGUCUUUCUUUUGUACUGCUGUUGAAUUAGGAUCGAACAGCUUAAUUGGUAAUUGAUGCAGUCCUUUAUGUUCA